AUGAUAUCCAGCUUCCGUGUCAUCAUUGUAGGCGGCGGCGUGGCCGGGCUUACAGCUUCCCAUGCCCUCCAAAAGGCAGGAAUCGAUCAUGUUGUGCUUGAAAGAUCAAAAGAAGUGGCUCCUCCAGUUGGGGCCAGUAUUGCCAUCUACCCGCAUGGAGCACGCAUUUUAUCCCAGAUUGGGUGUCUUGAGGCGGCGAGGGCGGCCUGUCGCCCCUGCGAGAGAUUCAUCACCAGGGGACCAGAUGGGAAGGUCUGGAUCAAUAGUGACUUCUUCGGGAAUGUUCAAGCCAACCAUGGACAGGACAUUCUCCUCCUCGAACGGAGGGAAUUCCUGCAAAUCCUGUACGAUUGCCUCCCCGACAAGUCUUUCGUUAAACUCGGAUGCAGAGUCCGUGAUGUGACUCAGGAUAGCAACGGGGUCGAAGUGAUCCUCGGCGAUGGGACCGUCGAACGAGGCGACAUGGUGCUAGGCUGCGACGGCGUGCACAGCCUGGUUAAACAGAGAAUGUGGGACCUGGCCAACCAGAACAUUCCCGGGGUCAUCACGACACAGGAGAAGACCUCGAUGGUCACCAGGUGGAAAUGUCUAGUGGGAAUGGGCCCAGCAGCACCGGAACUGGGCGAAAGAGAUAUGACGGUGGUGCAUGACGACAGGUAUUCGUUUCUGUUCCUCACGCAGCCAGACAAGCUGUUCUUCUUCGUGUUCUUCCGGCUGGAUCACGAGUUCCGCUGGCCAGAAAGGAGACGAUAUACCGAUGCAGAUGCUGAAGCAUUGGCCACCAGUGUUGCUAGCCAUCCCAUCUGUGAGACGCUCGUGUUUGGGGAGAUUUGGCAGAAGCGGAUCCGCGGCUCUCUGAUCUCCCUCGAAGAGGGGAUAUUACAGCAUUGGUCGCAUGGACGGAUCGUGUUGGCUGGCGAUUCCGUCCACAAGGUCACGCCAAACAUCGCGCUUGGGGAAACUCCACAAUGGAAUCCGUGGUGGUCUCACCACGGUGGCCGAGUCAGCCGGGCAACGCUGCGGAGGGUCUUUGACCAGUAUCAGCGAGAUCGGGAGGCGCGGAUGCACGAGAUAAUGGAACUGUCUUCGCUGAUCACCAGAGUCCAGGCAUGGGAUGGGAUCCUGCCGAAGUUCCUGGCUUGUUGGGUGCUCCCCUUCCAAGCCGAUCACAAACUGACAGAUCAACUUGGCGAACUGAUCAGAAAGGCACCGAAGUUGGAUUAUGUCAAAGUUGAUCAGGAAUUUGGACGGGGUCGGUUGGCGUGGGAGGACGAGAAAAACAGUCGUUCCCUUGACAAAGUAAAGAAGAUGGCUUUUGUCAGCAGGUUGACAGUGUAUCUGGCGGGAUGUUUGACAGCAUUGGUCUUGGCUUAUAGUCUGUCUAUUUAG